ACUAAUCUCCAGGACCAGGACGCCGCUUCCAGCCUCUGGAGCGCUGCCUAUAGAAGUGCCCCCCACCCCAGGGCUCUGCCUGCCAUGAGAGCUGUCAGUGUGUGGUAUUGCUGCCCAUGGGGACUGCUGCUGCUGCACUUUCUGUGCAGCUCCGGUGUGGGGUCUCCAUCCCCUCCUACCAACCCAGAGAAGAAGCCCGGAAGCCAGGGGCUGAGGUUCCGGCUGGCUGGCUUUCCUAGAAAGCCUUACGAGGGCCGCGUGGAGAUACAGCGAGCCGGUGAAUGGGGCACUGUCUGUGACGAUGACUUCACGCUGCAGGCUGCCCAUGUCCUCUGCCGGGAGCUGGGCUUCACAGAAGCCACAGGCUGGACCCAUAGUGCCAAAUACGGCCCAGGGACAGGCAGGAUCUGGCUGGACAAUCUGAGCUGCAGUGGGACUGAGGGAAGUGUGGCAGAGUGUGCCUCCCGGGGCUGGGGGAACAGCGACUGUACCCACGACGAGGACGCCGGGGUCAUCUGCAAGGACCAGCGGCUUCCUGGCUUCCCAGACUCCAACGUCAUUGAGGUGGAGCAGCAGCUGCGAGUGGAGGAGGUGCGGCUCCGACCCGCCGUCGACUGGGGCAGACGGCCCCUGCCUGUGACCGAGGGCCUGGUUGAGGUCAGGCUUCCCGAGGGCUGGUCGCAAGUGUGUGACCGAGGCUGGAGCGCCCACAACAGCCACGUGGUCUGCGGAAUGCUGGGCUUCCCUGGAGAAAAGAGAGUCAACGUGGCCUUCUACAGGAUGCUGGCCCAAAAGAAGCAACACUCCUUUGGUCUGCACAGCGUAGCCUGUGUGGGCACAGAAGCCCACCUCUCCCUUUGUUCGCUGGAGUUUUAUCAUGCCAAUGACACUACCAGGUGCUCUGGGGGAAGCCCUGCAGUGGUGAGCUGUGUGCCGGGCCCUCUCUACUCCACCGCUACUGGUCAGAAGAAGCACCAACAGUCUAAGCCGCAGGGGGAGGCCCGUGUGCGCCUAAAGGGUGGUGCCCACCCGGGAGAGGGCCGAGUGGAAGUCCUGAAGGCUGGCACGUGGGGGACAGUCUGUGACCAAAAGUGGGACCUGCAGGCAGCCAGUGUGGUGUGUCGAGAGCUGGGCUUUGGCACUGCUCGAGAGGCCCUGAGCGGUGCCCGCAUGGGGCAGGGCAUGGGUGCUAUCCACCUGAGUGAAGUUCGGUGUUCUGGCCAGGAACCCUCCCUUUGGAAGUGCCCCUCCAAGAACAUCACAGCUGAAGACUGUUCCCACAGCCAAGAUGCAGGUGUCCGAUGCAACCUCCCCUAUACUGGGGUGGAGACUAAGAUCCGACUCAGCGGGGGCCGCAGCCGUUAUGAAGGGCGAGUCGAAGUGCAAAUAGGGGUGCCUGGGCACCUUCGCUGGGGCCUCAUCUGUGGGGAUGACUGGGGAACACUGGAGGCCAUGGUGGCCUGCAGACAACUUGGUCUGGGCUACGCUAACCACGGCCUGCAGGAGACCUGGUAUUGGGACUCAGGGAAUGUAACUGAAGUGGUGAUGAGCGGAGUGCGUUGCACAGGGUCUGAGCUGUCCCUGAACCAAUGUGCCCACCAUAGCACCCACAUCAGCUGCAAGAGGACAGGAACCCGCUUCACUGCAGGAGUCAUCUGUUCUGAAACCGCUUCGGAUCUGCUGCUGCAUUCGGCAUUGGUACAGGAGACUGCCUAUAUCGAAGACCGGCCGCUGCACAUGUUAUACUGUGCUGCUGAGGAGAACUGCCUGGCCAGCUCCGCCCGCUCAGCCAACUGGCCUUACGGCCACCGGCGUCUGCUCAGAUUCUCUUCCCAGAUCCACAACCUAGGAAGAGCUGACUUUAGGCCCAAGGCUGGGCGCCAUUCCUGGGUGUGGCAUGAGUGCCAUGGGCAUUACCACAGUAUGGACAUCUUCACUCACUAUGACAUCCUGACCCCCAACGGCACGAAGGUGGCUGAGGGCCACAAAGCUAGUUUCUGUCUAGAAGACACUGAGUGUCAGGAGGAUGUCUCAAAGAGGUACGAGUGUGCCAACUUUGGAGAGCAGGGCAUCACCGUAGGAUGCUGGGAUCUCUACAGACAUGAUAUUGACUGCCAGUGGAUUGACAUCACAGAUGUGAAACCAGGAAACUACAUUCUCCAGGUGGUGAUCAACCCAAAUUUUGAGGUAGCAGAGAGUGACUUUACCAACAAUGCAAUGAAAUGCAACUGCAAAUAUGACGGACAUCGUAUCUGGGUGCAUAACUGCCACAUUGGUGAUGCCUUCAGUGAAGAAGCCAACAGGAGGUUUGAGCGCUACCCUGGCCAGACCAGCAACCAGAUCGUCUGAAAUGCAACCACCCUCUCUGCAAACCACCAGUGGCCCCCAAUGGCAGGGGUCUGAGGCUGCCAUUACCUCAGGAGCUUACCACAAGAACCCCUGAUGUCAGCAGGCCCACUACAGUCAUCCAUCUGUGCUCUAUGAGUGAUGGACUGUUCUAGAGAGGUUGGUGCCUCCCUCACAGGGCCAGCUGUCAUAACCCUUGGCCAAGCACGGAGAAUCAGCGAACAGAGCCAGCAACACAGAACACACCACAAAGAACUGCCCCCCACAGGAGAGGAGCAGCUCAUUCCCUUGAUCAGGGAUGUCAGGAGGGUCAGCUCCCACAGUCUCAGUUCUCCUAAGUACCGCGUUACCUCUAGCCUUUUGGUGGGGAAAAAGACCCAGCCCCCUAUUUUUGACUGUAACAUGUUGCUAGGUAUAAUUUUAUUUUAUAUAAAAUGUGUUC